AUGGCUUCAAAGUUGUCCAUUGCUGCUCUUGCAGCCACGGUGCCUCUAGUCCAUUCCCACUUCACCUUCAUACGUCUCGCUCUCAACGACGAAUGGCAAGCCCCAACUCGAUACAUACGGAACAAAACUUCCCCGUUCGAGGACGUGAACCACGUUGGCCGCAUCAGCUCUACACGCUACAACGUCUAUCCUACCUACUGGGACGACUACGAUGAGUCGGUUCGCUGUGGCCGUGACCACAUGGCCCACGCGGCCGAUACCGAAGUCCUGACUCUCAGCGCUGGGGAUACCAUCACGGUCGCGCAUACUAGAUACGAUCCAACCGCCUAUACGGACGAUCAAUGGACCAACUGCCCCGACGACCGCGGGAGCUGCGAUCCCGCACGAGCCGACCGCGUGAUGGACUUCAACCACCGGGGCCCCAUCAUCACGCACCUCAGCCAGGUGCCCGACGGCGAAGACGUGCGCACCUACGACGGCGCGGGCGACUGGGUCAAGAUCCACCGCAUAGGCUUCGACCUGAGCGGCGUCGCGGCCGCGCCGAUCCACUGGCUGCCGUAUAACGACGACCAGCUGCCGGCCAGGUACAUCUUCCAGAUCCCACCACAGAUCCCCGCAGGCCAAUACCUGCUCCGCUUCGACCUAGUCAACACGGGCACGCACGGCGUGUACGCCAACAACGAGACGUGGACGGACCCCGCGCAGUUGUAUGCGACUUGUGCGCAGAUCCAAGUCGAAAGCGCGGCCAGCGGGGCGCUGCCGGCGGGCAUUGGGAUUCCGGAGGCGAUGUCGCCUGAUUCGCCUGGAAUGACAACGUCUACGGAUAUGUACCAGCUGCUGACGGUGGAUGAGGAUUAUGUGUAUCCGGGCGGUCUGUUGUGGGAUGGGGAGAACAUGGUUGUGGACAAGCCGGACGUUUGA